CUUCUUGAAUACAACGAAAGAUUAAUGUAUUUUUUUCCUAUAAAAUCUGUUAUUAUUGUGAAUUUGAAUGUGUUAACAUCUAUAAACUAUUUCUUUGUACCAUGCAGUCCUUAUUCAAGUUUGGCUUAAAAUACUGUUAAAUAUUCCAAAUAACUGCAGUUAUGUAGUGCUAAAGGGUGGAUUGUUGUGAGAAAAUUUCCGCCCGUGUUUGGAUUAACCAAACAUGGCUGACACAUUAAUGUCGGGGCGAUGGUAGAAAUAUCUAGCCAGUGACUUUUACCCACUUUGGUGCAAAAUGCCUCAUCUUCCCAGGCCUAGGCUUAUUUGAAACCUGUAGGCUACCAUCAAGGAGAGUGUAAGAUAAGCUUUCAACAAGAGAUUGGUGAACUUAAUAUCUAAACAUGUCUGGAUUAAAUCGGAAGAGGGACGCACGGGACUCUGAGAGUCCGACGGCCCCAGACUCCACCACCAAGGAUCGAGUGUUUUGUAUUGGAGAUGAAGUGCUCGUCCAACGUAAGGACGGCAACUUCUAUCUUGGAACUGUUGUUGAGGUGAACGUAGCUCAGGAGAAGUGUUUGGUCAAGUUUGAUGACAACACGGACCACUGGUCUGCCUUCAAACACCUGGCCAAGCUCAACAAGGUGGAAAACGUCAUGUGUGUUAUCUGCAAGAAGUCACAGACUAAAAAGGACAAUGAGGUCGUGGUGUGUGAUCGCUGCUCACGUGGCUACCAUCAGCUUUGUCAUCAGCCAACAGUCGAGCUGGGUUUGGAUUGCUGGGAGUGCCAUCGCUGUCAGGCUGUGCCGCUGAAGCAGCUGAGAGCGAUGCGGAAGCAAGCACCAGCCCCUCCCCCCGCCCCUCCGCCACCUCUCUCCGUCCUGCCCACACAGUCCAACAACAAGCUGCCUUACGACAUGGAAGAGUUGACGUGGGACAUGCACCAUAGAGUCAACACGGAGGCCAAGUACUGCUACUGUGGAACACCUGGAGACUGGUAUAUGAAGAUGCUGCAGUGUGGCCGAUGUAGACAGUGGUUCCACGAACAUUGUCUGCGGUGCUUGCACCAGCCGCUUUACCUCGGCGAUCCGUUUUACGUGUUUGUUUGUUCCUUGUGCAAUAAUGGUAAAGAGUUUUUACGUCGCUUAGAAAUGAAGUGGGUCGACCUAGUACAUUUAGUAUUAUUUAAUCUGACUGUUUAUAAAGCUAAGAAGUUCCAUGAUAUAGAAACAGAUAUCUUACAAUAUCUGAAUCACAACUGGAAUACACUACAGCUGCCACCAAAGAUUCUGAAUGUUAGUACUGAAGAACGCAAAAGUAUAAUAUUGAGUGUAUUGGCCAGCAAUCUUAGUAGGUUCAAGUGUGGGGAGGAAGUGAAGCAGAAGCGCAGUAGUUGGGGACUGAGACUGAGGAUCCCUCCACUUGCCCCUGUGUAUAGUCUGCCAAAGACACGACCCGUGACUGAGGCUCUACUGCACCACCUCAAACUGCUGCCCAGUUGUGGCAAGUCUGAGAUAAAUGGAGUGAGAGAGUCUCACACCCACCUACUGUCUCCGUCCACCACACUACCCUGCGACCCUCCCCCGGGUGUGCGGUUGUUACAAAUACAAGACGAUCCACCUGUCUUCCUGCCUAAAGGGAUGCCUGCUACCGGCCACAAGGUCUGCAUAAAAAGCUCCUUCCCUUGUUACCCUGAGUCUAGAGCUCAAAUACAACGAAGAAUUCGAGCCCAAGGACUAAAAAUCCAAAGGAUACGAAAUUUUCGUGCCCGGAAAGCAAGGAAACUGUUAAAAAAUGCAAUAGCUACUACGACGAAUCGACAGAUCUGCCAGGAGCUGCCUCUGACCCCUCCGUCGUCUGUAGCAGCGUCAGACACAGCCCCUGCCCCGCCUACUCCCACCCCCGCCACCCCGGGGGACACUAGCAGUGAGGACACCUCGUCCAGCCGCACCCUCGAUACCAUCAUCCCUCCACUAAAGGACUUUGAAGGUAAGAACAAUCCGUUCCGCAGUGUGGCUGAGCUGCUGGGUAACACAGCUACACCCGAAGCUACUCAACCCAUAUCUCUCAAUCUGCCUCUCAAACCCUCCGUCACACAACCCAUGCUGCGGCCCACCAAGCGAAGACUGAGCGAGAAAGACAUUCGAAUCAACAGAAACGGUGAGGUCAAGAGACGGCGGCUACGGCGCCAGUGUACAGUCAUGAAGAACACGGAACAAGUUCCUAGUGCCAGUUGGAACAGUGCCAAAUCCCUACGGAGCAUGUACAACCCCACCCCCGGCUCAGGUCCAGAGUAUCUCAACGGUAAAAAGCUCAAAAAACCUAAACACAAAAGCCUCACUCCGACCGCCUCCCCCAUGAAGCAGAACCCCACCAUAUCUUUGGACGAUUUGAAAUCGUCCGUUAACAUUUAUUUUGGUGCUGCGAACCGAAUCGCCUCGGGAGAGAAGUUCAGAGUAAAAGCCAAACGACUGACUGCCAUUGGUAGGACUGAAUACCUAAUAGAAUGGGGUGGCACGGUUACAUAAUAUUGUAUAGUCCUUAGGUUUUAUUCUUUGUUGUUAAUUUUCUAACAGCAAGUAAAAUCUUGCUGAAACUCACUGCCUCACAGAAGCCUGCUGCUAAGGAAUUGAGUCAUUUAAAUGUAAUAUUUUUGUCAUAUCCCUUGUUUGAUAUUUGUUUUAUCAAGAAUAUCUCCUGUUGUUCUUAAAUUGUUGCAGACUAAGUCUACAUACCUCAUGUACUGCCACUCAUAUAAGGUCUGUAUAAAGAAAUUGGCGUCCAACUAAAUAUUUUUUUAAAUUUUUAUUUUAUUAAUUUUGUUAAGAUUUUGUAAUAGAUUGGAUCUUUACUUACAAAUAAUUAUGGUUUUAGCGAGUAAUUUUAUUCUGAAGUUGCAUCCAAUGCAUUGCAAGUCAUUUCCCUUUUUUGACAUUUUAUUUAUGUACAAAUGUAUCCAUUUAUAUUGUUAAGGACUGUACAUACCUAGAAAUGUGCUGUUGUUUAUAAUUUGUAGGGUCCAAGUAACCAAGUUGCAGUCCUACUAAAAAUAUUUAUCAGUUUGAAUUCUAGAGAGAAUUGUAAUAGGCUGGAUCCUCCCUUACAAAUAAUUAUUAUUUGUGAUAGUUUUUGUGAGUUUUUUAAUUUUUGUUCAGCUUUCUAUGAUUGUCUUUGCUGUGGUUUUUGUAAUAUAUUUUUACUGAAUGUUUUAAAAAUUAUCUCCAAAUUUCUAGUAUAUCUACAAACUAAAACGCAAAGUAUAAUUUUUGUCACAUUGAUUUUAUUGGAAUAAAUGCAAUUGACACUCAUUCUUGAUUUAUAUUUUGAAAAAGUCAACUGUUGGCAAUUAAUUCUGAAGUCAAGAUUAUUACUUGUGGACGGGAGAAUUUGUAGGCUGAACUCACUGCCAUUGUAAAGUAGGGAAUGGAAUGGCUUAGCUUGUUAGACUUAUAUUUUUUUGUAUGAUUUUUAACGUAAACAACUCAAAACUAUUUUGUUAAUAAUUAUUAAUUGUUUUUCCUGAUCUCCAAGAUCAUUGAAGUUUGGAAUUAUUGUUAAGUGUGAAUAUUCCCCUGUACAUAUUUCAUUUCAUAGCUGAUUCCACUUACAAAGUGAUAGUUAAAAUUGUAUUUGCAACAUUGCCAGUUUUAAACUUAUAUACAUUUUUAUGUUUGUUCAAAACAAUAUGAAUAUAUUUUCUGUAGACCACAGAUGUCCUUCUUUAUAUACCAAAUUCUUUUGUCAGAGUUACAGUAUUUGAUUUGUUAUUAUGAAAGAAGACAAUGUUGAAAUUAAAGUAAUGGUCGAAAUCUAAAAACUUACUCCAUGUUUACAAGAGGGUGUUAGCCAAGUACAUAGAAACAAGGGAUCGUUCACAUGCAAACGGAUGCUUUGAACCAAUGUCGCCAAACAGCGACGCUUGUAGUUUUCACUUCAAACGCUACGUUUCUAGGGCGCUUCUAGCUCCAUAGUCACACUGGAGUAGUGACUGGUUCAACUAACGCUGCAUCUACCGCUGUCAUGUGUUACGGUUCCACAUUUUGUUAGCGUGCGCUAAACGAACACGGUGUCUAACAUCUUCAUAUGAACCAGUUGUAGAUCCUUGAAAUCAAAGCCAAGUGCUAAACAACUGAUCUUGAAUCCAAGUACAGUUUUCAUACAUAUUCCCAUUGCUAUUUACUAUAUUUGGAUUAAAUCAUGAAACUCGGGAUUAAUUUGUCAGGACUGUUCACAUCAGAAUCAUUUUGAUGAUUAUUUUUCAAAUGAUUGACAAAAUUGUUCACGGCUGAGAUGUGGUAAGUGGUAAGUCGGUAAUCUAAAAGCUUGUGUGGUUUACUACACUCCUCACUGUGAUAUGAGUAUAAUCUGUGAUCACGACGUAACUAACUCCAACAAUUAAAAUAAUAUCAUUAGAUUCCUACAGUAAAAAAAUCCUGGCAUAGUUUUAACUCUGCACAAAAAAAAAAUACUUUCAAUCAAAUUAGAUUUAAGAAUCAUUUUUUGAGUAUUUUAGUGGAUUCAAGAUUCACAACAUUACUAGUUCCAACAUUACUUUCAUCGCAGAUUUUUGAACGCAGACUGAUUUGAUGAAAAAGGCUAAAACUAAAUCAAUUAGACCAUAUAAAACUUCUAAAACUUGUGUUUUCAAACUGAAUUUCAAAUCUUUAUGUGUAUUCCAUUAAUUUUGAGUGUAAAUUAAAAGAACUUGUAACUAGAUUAGCCCCACUAGUUGGGAGUGGAACCACUGGAAUAUAAAAUUUUUAACUUUGCUAUUAUUUUUAUUGACUUUAUGAAGGUUUUUUAAAAAACAAUUACAAUAAAUUAGAGCAAAUUAUAGGCUUCAUGACUACAAAAGCAAACUAGAAAGAAAAAUAAUGUUUUAGCUGAUAUUUUGGUCUUAUAAAGAUUUUAUGUUUAACAAUUUUUUAAUGAUAUUCGCAUGCAGUUACACCAUUAAAUAAAUUUCUUUGAAAUUUAUUUUUUACAAACAAUCUUUGGGGUUUUCUUUGUCUUCAGAUCUGUGAAUUUUAUUAGAUAAAUUGAAACUUGUUCUCAGGUUGGGUUGGAAUGGUAGGGUAGUUGUCUGUAAGCUUGUGGAAUAUGUUUAUGUAUACGGUGUUUUUGGAUUAGAUGUGUUAAAAGUAUUUGUGAAUAUAUAUAGAAUUACUGACUAGCACCACUAUGUUUUAAUAUUACUUAUAUUGGAAUUUAAAUAUUAUUUUUGUAAUAUUGUUUUUUAUAUUGUGUUUAAAAAAAAAUUUAUAAUCAGGAAACUUUGACAACAGUACAUUCAUGUUCAAUUAAACAUAUUGUUUUUUUGUAAAAUAAUUAAUCAGUAAAUUUGAUUAACAAAAUAUUAAAAAUAAAAAUUUUGAUAAAGAUUCAAAGUUGUAUUGUUUCAUUCGUAAUGCAGGUUAAAUAUUAUUAAAACAAGAAAAUAUUGCCAUGCAAAUUAUAGUAGCAAGGUGUGAAGCUAGUGUAUAUAAAUGAUGAUUGUAGCUUUAAAAUAUAUCAGUGAUUAUAUGUAUCUAAAUAAAUAAUAUUUAUCUUAUGUAUUUAUUUAAAAUAAGUAUAUUAUUAGGUAACUAAAGAGGUAUGUUUUCUAUGAUUAAUCCAUUCAUAUACCGUACAUUUUUUAAAAUUGUAAUGAGAAAAUCAAAUGGUAAAAAAUAUUUAAAACAACCCAGUGAAAUCGUUAUUAUUUAUUUUCGUACAAGAUUGGAAAAAGUUGCUCAAUAAAAGUACAACAUUAUAACUAUACAUUUUUCCUUAAUACUGAACUGUUGAGAAAUUAAUCCAGGGAAGUUCAUCUUUACAAAAGUAAUCAACCAAAAAAUAUACACUAUUAGUUAGUUUAUUUAAAAAUGUUCAUUUUAUAAUGAGAGUUGAAUGUAACUAUUAUCAUUCGUUAGAUGUGGUUAAUAUUACUUAUGGUAUUGUAUUUAAGUCAGUAAGUAGUGAAAAUGAUCAAGUCACCAGUAUUAAAUUGCAAAGUAACAUGAAAUUAUAAUUUAUAUUUGCCCGGUAUUUUAGUCAAAUAGAAAAAGCAAUUGCUUUUACUCAGAAAUGUUUUGAUGUUACAUAUCAUGUAUGAAUUUGAUAGUGUAUUCCAUUACAGUUUGCUUAAUCUGAGUUUUUUUUUUGUAAUUCAUAGUUUAAAUGUUUUAUGUAUAUUGGGACGUGUGUUAAUGUUAGUUUGUGAAUGCACUCAUUUUUUUAUCAGGAUUCAUGACGUUAUUUGGAAAUAGUUGAAGGAACUAUAACAUUUUUAAUAUCAGAUUCAAAUCCUAGAAUUAGAAGAGGCUCCAGUUUUUUCUUUCCUAUAAGCGGCCUAUGAAUUAUCUGAAUUAAUUAAAGGAAAAAUGAAUGAUUUACAGUAAUAUACUUAAAUGCACUGUUUACAAGCCAAUUGCCUAGGUACUUUAAUGCAUGGGGAAAACAUAUAUAUAUUUUUUUUGUUACUGAAACAAAGCAGCUUACUAAAUGUUAAACCCACGUUAAUUUAAUCUUUUUUGAUCUUUUAAUGUGCUUCUCCACAAAAUCUUUAUAAAAAUUUUAAUAUAUUACAGCCUACCCUUUUUUGGGAAAUGAUAAAUACAAGUUUAAAAUUUAAUAAUUGAAUCAGAAGUGGGAAAGUCAGAUAUAUAAGACUGAAUAAGUUAGUAUUUUCACAUUUUAGUCUCUUUGGUGUUUACAUGCAAAGUUACAAACAAAUAUGACUGAAACUUUAGUCAAUAGGGUUUAAAAUGGUAAGAAAAACCUGGUUUGUGUUCAAUACUACAAUUUAGAUGAUUAUUGUGUGGAAUAUGUUGAAAUAAAGUUUUAAACCUUCAUUUUAAUGGGCCUCAAUUCAUUUGGUAUAAUAUAUAAAAUUUAAUUAUCACAAUACAGUCUGCUCCUGAAAUAAAUAUUUUACUUGAUAAGUUUGAUAUUUUUGUUUAUUUUUAAGGUAUUACUUUAUUGUAUUUUCAUAAAAUGAGACUAAAUGAUUAAGACUGGUAUUUUCAUUAUGUUACUAUGUUAACUUAUCUCCAGCAAUACUUUAAGUCAUUUUUGUUAUAGCACUACUUCAUUUGUGAGUGUAAUUUAUUUUAACUUUUUGUACAGUAUGUUUCCCUGGUGGAAACUGAAAAUAUUCCAAGAGUUUCCUCAAUCAUUUCUAUAAAUAUCAAGAAGUUUAUUUUUGUUUUACUAAGUUGUGGACAACUUUCAUAUCAACGUACCAGAAUGGGCAUUUCUUAUGGCAAAAAUGUCAAAAUUAUAUUUAUUGUAAAUACCCGUAAUUAUUUUUAUUUAAUGUUAAGUUUCUUUUUAAAUGUUUAAUUUUUGUUUUAAAUAUGUCUGUACAUAUUGAAAGCAGCUAUUUAGAAAGGGUUGAAUCGUUUUUCAGCCCUGGAUGACAAACGAAAAUUAUAUUUGAAUGGUUGAAAUUUUAUAGUGAAUAUUUUUAAUUUGUUUCACCAGGUAUCACUGCCAUCGGUUGUAAGUUGUAGAUACGAGAGACGAGAGGGUGCCAGAUUGCGAUUUGUGAUUCUCAGUGUUUGAAAGUUCUGCUUGUUCGCUGUUUAUACCGUGUCGAGAGUAAUAAAUGUCAAGUUCCAUCA